CUCAUGGAUGAGUGCUAUAUACUAUUGUGUAUGCUCAUCUCUUAUUUCUUUAAUGAACUAUCUACAAGCAAGACAGCAAGAUAUCUGUUUGCUGCCUUUGUGAUUGUAUUGCUUUUAAUACUGACACACAUACUGAGAUGUGACAGAGUGACACCCCGUGAUAAGUGUUAUGAUAAAGCAGCAGUGGCAGCGGAUGCCAGGAAUUGCUCUGAGAUCGGGAGGGAUAUCUUGAAGUGUGACGGUUCAGUAGUUGAUGCUGCUAUCGCCACUCUGCUGUGUUUGAGUGUGGUUAAUCCCCACAGUAUGGGCAUCGGAGGAGGAGUGGUUUUCACCAUAUACAAUGCAUCAACAGGAACGGUGGCGACGAUUAAUGCCAGAGAAACUGCUCCACUGAGUGCUUCAGAGAACAUGUUUGGCAAAAAGUCAAAGGAUAAUCCAGAGGGACUGUUUAUAGCUGUACCAGGAGAACUGUAUGGUUAUGAGAUGGCACACAAUAGAAGCGGGAGACUGCCAUGGAAGGAGCUGUUUGAGCCCAGUAUAAAGCUGGCACGCGAUGGAUUUAAGAUUGGAAAGGCCUUAGCCAAAGCCAUUAAAGAGGAGGAGGAAAAAAUUAAGAAUGAUCCAGUUUUGUGUGAAGUGUUUUGCGACUUAAACAAGGCUAUCUUGAAGGAAAAUGAUCAUAUAAGAUUUCCCAAACUAGCUGACACCUAUGAGAAGAUAGCAGAACAAGGAGCAAAUGCUUUUUACAAUGGAUCAUUGGCUCAGAGUAUAGUGGAUGACAUCAAGGCUGAAGGAGGGAUUAUAACACGUGAGGACCUAAUGAAUUAUACGGCAGAGUGGAAUGAGUAUGCAGUAAACUUCACUGUGGGGAAUUACAUAUUUCAUGCUCCUGAUGCUCCAUUCGGUGGACCUGUGCUCGCUCUGAUAUUCAAUAUACUCAAAGGUGACAGCCUCUCAAGCUGCAGUGUGUCCACAACAGAGAAUAAGAUUUUGACCUAUCAUCGCAUGAUAGAGACGUUUCACUUUGCUGAUGAGGAGAGGAGAAAACUGGGAGACCCACACGAUGAAAACAUCACUGAGCUUGUCAAAAACAUGACCUCAGAAAGCUUUGCAGACAACAUCAGGAGAAAGAUUAAUGAUGACAUCAAACAAGAGAGAUACGAUGAGGAGUGCUAUGACAAUUGUCAAGUUGAUGACUCUGGCACGUCUCACCUGUCCAUCAUCGGAGAAGACGGGAGUGCGGUGGCCGUCACCAGCAGUAUCAAUGACUAUUUUGGCUCUAAGGUGAUGUCAGACUCAACAGGCAUUAUAUUUAAUGACCAAAUGAAUGAUUUCUGUAAACCUAAGGAGGAAAAUGGACAAGACAAAAAUGGGGUGAUCCUGAACUAUCUGUUCUUUGGCUAUGACCUGCAGAAAGCUGUUAAAGAGCCCAGAGUUCAGAUCACGAAAAAUGAGACAAAUGUAGAAAAGGACUUUGAUAAGGGGGUUACUGAUGGCUUGAAGAAGAAGAAUCAUUCUAUAUUUCACAAUACUGAACUAACAGCUGUCCAGGCAAUUGUACGAGAGGGGGACGAAGUCUGUGCUGAAUCUGACUACAGGAAAGGUGGCUAUCCUGCCGGAUACCCAGAACCAAUACUGUAG